AUGGGAAGUUACGCUAGCGAAAAUUUUUUUGCCUCCAAGUCUUACGGUUCAUCAAAAGUUAUUAAUAUUUUUUUAUCAACAUGUGUCGCAUGCCAAGCACGUAAAGCCUUAAAAAUUCGUGUUUUAGCAACAGCAAUCGUUUCCGUUGAUUCUCUAACAAGGUUCGAAAUAGAUCUUAUUGAUUUUCGUAAAAGACCCGAUGGUGAUUAUAAAUGA